AUGAGCUGUUCUAUAUGCUCCUGUGCGCCUCACUCCCGCCUUGCCCUUCACUGCCCGACAUGUGCCCGCAACCAGCUUUAUCGGCUUCGGAUUGAAACCACACAAGUCCUUCUGGAGAAUGAAGCCCUUGGACGGCAAAUUGAGACUGUUGUCACAUCUGCUGGCUCUCCUGAUCAAGUCGAAAGCCAACAAGAGUCUCCGAAUACGGAUAAUAAAGGAUCUCCCCGAUGGGACCUCCAGACGAUAAGCAGCCGGCAUAGCGAGUCUUUGGCAAAGAGGGAGCUUCUUUCACAUCAGAUCGAAUCUUUGAAAUCAGAAGUUAGAGCCAAGAAUAAUGAGAUAUCUGAACGCAAAGAACUUCUGGCCCGCAGGCGCUCGGAUGCGGAGUCUGCAAAGUACCAACUUGAAGAUCGCGAAAACGCAAUCGUUGCCGGUAUACAGAACACCAGUAAAAGAACGGAGCAUGUCUGGCACUCGCUUCAUAGCAGAACUGCUGAGUCCCGUAUCUAUCUAUGCCGGGAGGUUGCCAAUCUUUACGGGCUGAGGAAGACCGCGAUAAAGGGCCAGGCCCAGGAGAUUUAUGUGUUGGGAGGUGGCUCUGUCAUCGACUUGAGAGAUAUGAAUGGUGUCCCGCCAGAACAGAUCUCUACAUCCUUCUCAAACAUCGCUCACCUUGUUAUUAUUGUCUCUCAUUAUCUCUCAUUGAGACUCCCCGCCGAAAUCACAUUGCCUCAUAAAAACUACCCUGCGCCUACGAUAUUCACCCCUUCAUCAUCAUAUCGCUCUCAUGACACCCACGAUGGAGCAAAUAUCCAGACAUCCUCAAGUCCCGCAGCGUCUAGAACGAUGGAUCCACGCGCCCAUACCCCACGUCCGCGGCCCCUUUUCGUCGACAAAUCACUACCCCGAUUAGCGAAGGAAGACCCAGCAACAUAUGCCCUGUUUCUAGAAGGGUCCACUCUCCUGGCUUGGAAUGUUGCGUGGCUUUGUCGAACUCAAGGGAUCAAUGUGCAGUCAGACUCAUGGGAAGAAGUGUGCAAUAUUGGCAAAAACUUAUGGCAAUUGCUUGUUGCUCCACCAGCUCAUCCCUCAACCCUGAUGCGAGCUUUUGCUGGCCGAGAUACACAAGCACAGAUGAAAUCGGCCAGAGACUCGCCCAAGACAACCAUUCAAAGGACAAAAUCAUUUCCCAUGUUGGGUCAUUACUCCCAUGGCACGGCGCAUUCAUUCUUAGGAGCAUCAGAAGGAGUGGACUUCAUGCGCAUGUGGAAGCUACCGACCCCUACCAAGAUUGUAGACAAACUCAAGUCCAAUCUUCUUGGGGAGAUGGCAAGUGCAGAGUGGGAAUUGCUCGAGGAAAAAGAAUGGGACGAUGCAGUGGCGGAAUCCCACCAACCAUCUCUCCCACACAACCUUAACACCCUUGCUCCUGACUCCCAAUCGGGGAUUAGAGCUGAGACGAGUGACGCAAAGUCCACUGCAAGUUCAAAACCACGAUCUGGCUCUGCGAGAAACCAAGGCAACGAAGACCCCCCAAGCUCCCCACGACCUAGAGGUACCAAAGGCUGGACCAAAGUGGGCAGUAGAUGA